GGCUUGCCGACGCCAAUUGAAGAACCAAAGAAGACAAUUCGUUGUCAUUUCCUGGGUGUAACGCAAGUACCUCGUGCUACUGGCAUUGAAGUCCUCAAUGAAGCCGUCGAUCGACUCGUUUCACAGACCUGCUUCUUCUUGCAGGUUCGAUCAGACAGGUGGAUAUUGGCAGACGUAUCCAUUGCGCCGUCCACAAUAACCAUAACUGAAGUAAACGGCAAUGAAAUUGCUCAAUGUAGAGUUCGCUACUUAUCGUUUUUGGGAAUUGGACGGGAUAUUAAACACUGUGCGUUUAUAAUGCACACAUCAUCGGAGAAUUUUAUGUGCUACGUGUUCCACGUGGAACCGUCUGCAGGCCCAAUGGCUAAGACAAUUGAAGCUGCUUGCAAGUUACGAUAUCAGAAAGUUCUUGAUGCUCAUUCCGGUGGGCGAUUGCCGUCUGGCGGAAAAGUUAGUUGGCUUUUUAAGUUUUUUGAAAACAUAUCACCGAUCAGUAGCGAAUAA